AUGAAAGCUAUAUGCAUGAGGUCCUCUGGCGGAAGCGAGGUGCUAGAGCUCGCCGAUGUCGCCAUUCCUGCACUUCAAUCCGAGUUCGAUGUUUUGGUCAGAUUGAAGGCAUGUGCACUGAACCCGGUGGAUACGAAGAUCAGGCGAGGCGCAUUCGCUUCUAAUCCUAUCUUAGGUUUCGAUGCUGCCGGCAUCGUCGAAGAGGCCUCGUUAUCGGCCAAGUUCAGGCCAGGAGAUGAAGUCAUGUUCUCCGGUGCUCUGGGAAGGGCGGGAAGCAACGCUCAAUUCACCGUCGUGGACUCGCGUGUGGUCAGCCUGAAGCCGCGGGAAUGGGAUUGGGCCGAGAGCGCUGCGCUGCCGCUUGCUGCCCUCACGGCAUGGGAGAUGCUCGAGGAGAACUUCAACUUGAAGCCGUUCUCGCGGCCAAAGCGUGAUGAAACGCUCAUCAUUGUGAACGGCGCGGGUGGAGUGGGUUCAAUCGCGACGCAGUUGGCUCGCAAUGUAUUUGGCAUUCAAAACGUGGUUGUGACCGCCUCCAGAGAUGAGAGCGUGGAAUGGUCGAAGAAGAUGGGCGCAACGCAUGUCAUCAAUCACCACAAUUUGCUUGGCCCUCAGCUAAAACGACUUGGUCUCGUGCCUUCGUUGGCCUUUAUCUGCUAUGACACCCCGAAGUAUGUGCAACAGUUGACCGCUGUCAUGCGCCCGCGCGGACGUAUUGGCUCGAUCGUCGAAUGUGAUAAGCCCCUUGGGUUCGAAAGCGUGGAGGCGUUCAGUCGUGCAUUGUCCUUCCACUGGGAAUUUAUGUUCUGCAAGGCCGUGAGCGGGUUCGACGUCGAGUCUCAAGGCAGUAUGCUGGCACAGCUGAAAGAGGCGAUUGAGAGGGGCCUCAUUCACAGCAUUGUUGGUGAAAGAAAGACGCUCAGUGCCCCGUGUUGA